AUGUCACUACCCUCUUUUCUGUACUCCCAGAUAUUUGUGGGCCUUCCCCUGCCCGACCAUGACUUUACGGGUCAGACAAUCGUCAUUACAGGCGGAAACACUGGCCUUGGAUUUGAGGCAGCUCGGUGUAUGUUGAAGCUGAAUGCGUCUCACAUCAUACUUGGAGUCAGAAAUUUGUCCAAGGGCCAAGCAGCCAAGGAAGAUCUGGAGAAGUCUAAUGGACAAACCAGCCGAAUCGAUGUGUUCCAUUUGGACAUGGAAAACUAUCAGACGGUCGUUACAUUCGCCGAAUUCGUAUCUUCCUUGCCUCGUAUUGACGUGGCAAUUCUUAAUGCGGGAAAGAUAGCCCAACAUUAUUAUCUUGCGGAAAAAGACGAGAGCACAAUCACAGUCAAUGUUGUGAGCACUAUGCUUUUAGCCUUGCUACUGCUCCCUAAGCUACGCGCCUCUGCCGAAGAAGAGAAACCAUGCCCUCGGCUCGUCAUUGUGUCUUCCGAUCGGCAUGUAAUGACAGACCUACCAGAGUGGAAAACCCCCAACACAUUUGAGGCUUUGCGGAACAAAACCCAUUAUGGGCCAGAUGAUCGAUACUACGCAUCUAAGCUUCUUUCAGUCCUAUGCAUGCGACAAAUGGCGAAAGAAAUCGAAUCAACGAACCCCAAGGUUAUUGUCAAUGGGCUAACACCAGGAUAUUGCGUCACCAACCUUGUCACAGGCGUAGAAGGAUUUUGGGGCUGGCAGCUUUAUCUCAUGAAGCUUUCCAUAGCACGUACAGCAGAGCAAGGAUCUCGCACAUUGGUCCACGCAGCUACCUUGGGACCCGAAGGCCAUGGAAAAUACUUGAAUGAUUGCAAGAUCGAUGAUGGCGCACUAUCCCAGUUUGUUAGAAGUGAAGAGGGAAACCAAGCUCAACAGAAGGUAUGGAAGGAAUUACUCGAAAAGCUGGAUUGUAUUGUGCCCGGAGUAUCAGGGAACGUUCAUUGA